UGAUGCAGCAGCAUCGCACGACUCCCUCACUCCCACAAUGCAGCGCGAGCGAAGGCUAAGUUCGCUGUCUGUGGUGCUGAAGCUGCGCGUGCCGGCGGCUCGAGCGCAAAACAGGAGAUUCUCCUUUACCCAGCACCACUCUGCAAAACCACUGAGCAGGGACACACAAAGCGACGAGGCGGAGAGGCAAUACAGCAACGAAGCAUUGCCAUUUCUCUUUUAUAUUAAAUGACAAAAAACUGAAAUUCCGUUAUUCUAUCUUUAGAGAUUUAUGUUAGCUUAUUUUUUGUCUGAGCUAUUCUUGCACUGUUUUGUUGCUGAAUUCCCGUCCCCUCUUCCAUCGCAUCCUUUAUGCACAGCACGCUGUUCCAGUCCUCCCAAAGAAAACAGGCAUUCGCGUCGGAACAGCAUGGCCUGCUGCUGUCGCGCGCACUGAGAGAUAUGGAAGCAAAGCAGCAUUCGAUUAAGAGCCUGAAGAGCUACCCGGAGGCGGGGGGCCGGAGCCUGGCAGCGGCUGCGGGUGGGGACGUUGGCGGCGGUGGAGGUGGAGGCGUUGGGUACCGUGCCGGCGCCGCGGAACUGGAGAUGGAGGCGAAGAUACAAAAAGCGGUGGACUUUAAGGUGGAGGGCCACCGGUGCUACAAGGAAAAGAAAUUCCGGGAAGCUAUAGGGAAGUAUCACCGGGCUCUGCUGCAGCUGAAGGGGGUUCAUGUAGCCGAAGGGACCACGGGCUCCGAGGUCAACCUGCUGAGCCAAGCCGCAGUAAGGCUGACCGAGGAACAGCGGAGAGCCGUAGAAAGCACAGAGAUCGAAUGCUACGACAGUCUGACAGCAUGCCUCCUACAGUCGGAGCUGGUCAACUAUGAGAGGGUCAAGGAGUACUGUCUGAAGGUCCUGAGCCACCAGCAGGACCACUUCAAGGCCAUGUAUCGUGCCGGCAUCGCCUUCUACCACCUGGGAGACUAUGACUGCGCCCUGCGCCACCUGCGUGAUGCUGCGAGCCGCGAGCCCACAGACACCAACGUGUUGCGUUACAUUCAGUUGACGGAGAUGAAGAUGAGUAAAAGUGGCCAGAGAGAGCGGGAGAUUGGCAAAGAAGCCAUGGGCUAAUGCCCCCUGCCCACCACCCAGCCCCCAGCCUUCUACCCUUCCCGCCAGUAUACCCCCCUACCCGAUUUCCCUUCCACCACUGAUCCUGGAUGGCUGCGACCCUGGUGCCCACAAGGGGUGGAUGCACACAGGGCACUUCCCCCUACCCCUCUCUGAAACCCUCUAAGCCCCAUCCAUUGCUCUGGGACAAUACCAGGCAGUGACUGUCUAAAUAAGAAAGCCAACAAAAAUAAAGCGAAAUAAUGUAUCAUAAUUAUAGUAACAGUACUGGUUAUAAGAAUGAUAAUGAUUAGAAAAAAGUAAAAUACAGGAGAUCGCUUCACUUUUAUUUAUUAAAACCAGAAAAUGUACAGAAGUUAAGUAUGUAUAUUUCUUUUGUAUUUAAAAAAGAGGGGAUAGUUGGAGAGUUAAGGAUGUGCGAUAAUGGCUGUGGCCAUACUGUGGUGGUAGUUUGAGGAGGACGGGUGUGGCUCAAAUGGAGAGGUGCAACCGCACAGUAGAAAAGACUCUAGUUGAAAACACAGCUGAGCAGCACAGUUAUUGAUAUGUGCUCAGAGAGACUCCGCCCACCCUCCAUCACACCAAUCAAGAGAGGAAGGGGUAAGGCCACGCUAAAGGAUAGUUGCUGCCUUUUUACUUUUGUAAAGAAACCAUCAGCUUGGUUUUUGUUUUCUUUUUUUAAUCUCUCUCUCUUUUUAAAGAUACCUUGUGUCAGUUUCUGAUCUGUUUGAAUUCAAGGGCUAAUACAAUGUUUGUAAUUUGUUCUCUGAUACCUAUUUUAAGUCUUUCAAAUUUGUGGCUGUUAUUAUCAUUGUAAUUAUUAUCAUUUGUUGAAACAAGCAUGCAUAUGCUCUCAUUUUAAGGUACAAAAGCAAAACAAUGAGGCAUAGCUGUGAAAAGAUGUUUUCAGUAAUUCUGUGUUUCAAGCCCCCAUCCCUACCUGGAAUAUGUUGUGUCGUCAAGACUGUUAAUGACUUAAAGAAUGGUCCAGUCAUUGUGGGAAUCAAGGGAAUAUUUUUGGUCUACAGCACCAUAACAGAAAAGGUCUCUGUCCAGAACACAUCUCUACAUUUCUACUCUCCAUUAUUCUGAACCAGAAAUUAAAUGAGGCAGAGUUUGAAUAGAAAUGUGGACAGUUAUAGGACAUACUGUACUUGGCAGUGUUUGUGCAGGAGAACUGAUAUUAAUCUGUCUAUACUGUGUCUGAUAUUUGAAUCAGGUGAACAACUCAGUUUUUUUGCCAUUUGAGAUUUUUAAAUUUAUUUGUGUACUUUAAAUGUUAUUAAAAUUGGAAAAGUAAGUAAAGUUAAGUAAAUAUAGAACAGUGUAAAAGAAUUGUAUUUAGAUUAAUGAUAAUGACUGCAGUGGUAGAAAAUGACCAUUUUUACAGUGGCAUAUUUUAGUCAAACUACAAAGCUAGGAGUUAGAUGAGCCAAAACAUUUAGCUGUCUCCUCACUUUAAGCCUGUGUUUGAUAUUGAGCCUUCCAAGACUCAAGACAAUCUGAAAAGGAACACAUCAGUCAUCAGAGGCACACUGGAUGUUUCCAAUAUAUCAGUAUGCAUUGGGAGGAGCUCCAGAGGCAGAAUGGUGUUCAAGAGGGACUGGGGGGGGGGGGGGUGUUCAUGUUUUGGUGAGGUGUGGGCAGCCCCAGUUCUCCAUAGGGGUUCAGAGUAUUAUCUGUUAAACCCCCAAGUGCUUCAUGACAUUAUUGGUGUUGGCAGUUAUAGCUUGUUGUUUAGUCUGGUUAUAACUCAUACUGGUAGAACCUGAAUAUAGCUCAGAAGUCCCAGUCCUGAUUUGGUCCUGAACAGAACUGGCGUGGGUUCAGGAGUGGGGAGAUGGUUUUGACAUACCAGACCUGACAUGACAAGGGAGCCCAACUUUUGCUGAAACAGAUGAGCAUGGCAAUGAAUGCCUGAGUGACCAUUUCAAUCUGAAAGGUGUCAAUGUUGUUAAUAUGUGUGGCUUUUUUUAACAGUUGCAUGUGAGGAAAAAGGUCAGCUCAUCAUCGUUGUACUCCUUCAUCCUCGUGUCUUAACAAACAGAAACAAAACAAUCAUAUAUUUAAGAGAGCCAUCCCAGCUGUGCUGCCUGUUUCAGAAAAAUGUUCAAUGAAGAAUUUCACUGCAGAUUCAACAGGUUCAAUGAUGACUAACAGGCCCUGUUGCUACGGUAUGUGUGGGCUCUUUGGGGUCGCAAAUUGACUUCCCCAGCCACAGAUUAAAUGUAAUAAACAGUUAAUGUCAUCCCUUAACGCCAUUUUUACAGCUACUCUUUUGGAUGAAUAAAUAGGCGAUCGAGGAGAUAAAUAGAGCACCUAAUUUCCCAAUGACCUGAUAUUGAAGAUCUAAAUAUAUCAGUUGGACUUCAGAGAUGUAAGUUGAUGGAAAUGUGUAACCCUAUAUUGCAUGGAGGUCUGAGAAGGCGCCAUUCCUGCGAGGGCAUAACAUUCUCUCAAUGUUGCUGUGACAUUGUAGUAACGUAAUAAUGAUACUGCUGCAGUAAUAUUUUUACAUUACAAGCAGUAAAGGAAAAUGAUAUGUGGCUGCAGUGAGAGAGUUAUGGCAGUACCAAUGGAGGAGUAAUAAUUUGCGGAAGGGGGGCUUGGGGCAGUGAACAGUCUGUCUACAGCCCUGCUGUCUGAUUCUGUCACUCACUGUCUGUCUCUCUGUCUGCCCUCCCUUUUUCCUUCCCUCUCGGUCUCUCUUCCUU